GAAUGUGUCUACGUAUAAAAGCGUCUCAGUGCUUUCCCCUCAAUCUGAGCUCUCCAUAGACUCGCAGUGCAGAACGGCGCAGGACUCAAGCACAUGACCAAAGGGGAUUCCUCUGAGCCAUUUCCUUGACCUUCCUUCUUUUUUUUUUACACUUCCACAAACCCCUCUCUCUCCUCCCUCCAAUGUGUUGUGGGUUUCCCUCCUCUCAUCUAUAUCCUUCCUCUCCCUGAACAUCUCAUCUCUGCCUGGACGGUGGCUGCAUCGAUGCAAAAUGGGUUGUGGCAAUUCCUCAGCCACCAGCACCUCUGGAGGGGGGCCAGCAGAAGCCUCCAAAGAUGUGACAGAAGAUCCCUUGGCAGAAGAUGAGAAAAGAAGGAAUUAUGGCGGCGUAUAUGUGGGUCUGCCUGCAGAUCUGACCACAGUGGCUGCUAGUCAGUCUAAGUCCACACGAAAAGACUAACAGCUACUGAAGGAAAUUCAACAAAGAGGAAGAAAGAGACAGCUCCCCCACCCUGGGACUCGUGGUUCUAUGUGAGAGCAGCAGGUAUUUUGACACUCCCAUCGGACGACAGUCACAUCAGUGGACCUCUCCUUCUCAGGAAACAAGGAUACAGCCAAGUUAGCAACUAACAGUGUGGGAGUCACACAAUCUCCCCGGACCCUUGGCAAUAAUUAUUUCUGGCAAAUAUGUCACUGCAGUGCAUGAAUGCUAAAUUAAAGUAGACAGAUAGCUAUAGCCAUGAACAUUUUUGCAUUCAAUGAGCUGCUGUAGCAUCUGGACAGUUGGAUGAAAUUCCUUAGUAUCAUGCUGAACUGAUAUUAAGCUGAUAUUAAGAUUGCUUUCAUGAUGAUCUUAUUGUGGACAUUUGACUUCUCCUGGCCAAUGAUUCUCUGUAUCUGUUGUGGUUGCUCCAUGUGCAGUGUUGUUUUGUCCUCUCUGAAAAAACUCUGAAUAUAUUACUUUUAAAGGAACUGAUGGAGUCUUAAGAGUUUUUACAAGAAAUUUUGUCAAACUGUUAACUUGUUUUCCCCUGAAUAGGAACUAUAUACAAAUUUGCAAACUUAAGAGAGCAAGCAAAAUGGAUCUACCAACUAAAUACUAAUCAGAAUACAUAUAUUAUAGCACCCGCUCUCUGUGUUUGUCCCUAUGAAUACAUGGAACUUGUGCAAAAUCAUCUGAAAAUGAAAAAUACUGGGAAUAGAUUUAGACUUAAGAUUUGGAAAACUGAUUGCAUUUGUAAAACAAUGUUAUUUUUGAACUUUUUAAUGAACAAAGGGGUGACCUGGACCCAGUCUCAAAUAGAAGCCAUACCAUUUCUUACAGAAAAACGCCUUUUUACUCUGCAGUUCUUUGUAUCUGGAUGGACCUUUCCAGCACACCAGUUAGUUCGAUCUCCAAGAGGGAUUUUCUUGGUGCUGUCAAGCAGUGCUGGAAUAAUUUUACAAAUGGUGAGCCUUUCAUUGCCUUGUCAAUGUCCUUGCCUACUUUUACUCACAAUAAUUACAUUCUCUCUGUUGACUGAAAAUUAUAAAAAAGUAAUUUAUGGUAUCAAGUUGAAGCAAAUAUUCAGCCUAAAAACAACUCUUAUCGGCCUCACCUGUAUUACAUGCCGAUUUGCCACGCUGGAAGCUCCGGCCUAAUCAACGUUGGGACUGCACCCCCGUCAUCCCCCCCUGCAGCCAAUCAUCAUUCAAGAUCUCCUUCCUCUGCUCCUCUUCCAGCCUUUUACACACCUCUGCCCCAUCUCCUCCAUCAGACUCAAUCAUCCUCUGACUUAUUCCACCACCAGUGACCAGUUCCUGGGGGAAGCAGCCAUGAAUAUGAAAGAUGACUUUUUCCUCACAGGUGUGGAAAUAUCUGUAUUAAACAGUGAAAAAAAUGCAUAAUUAAAUUAAUUAUGAGUAAAUAGCGUAUUUGUGUAUGUCAGUAUUUUAUGGCUGCUGUUCACACAGUUAUGGUGUUAAAAAAACUCACAAACUGCUGUGGUUACAUUCAUGUUUUAAUCUUGUAAAAUGAAUGCAUUAGGGGUGAUCCUAAUUGGUAAUAGAAAUUAAAAAACCUCUAUUAGCCAGCAAACCAUUUUUAUAAGAAAAAAAUGAGAUUCUCAAUAACAAAGGGGGCAUUCAGGCUGUCUGAAAGGAUACAAUGUCAGACAUUUCUGAGUUCAAAAAUAUAAACAAUGACCUUGACUGCAACAAGUGCAAUGCUGUGGAGGUCAAAGGCUGCUUUGCUGUUGUUAUGCCUGAAAUAAUCUAAUUAUUUUCUGAUAUUACACAGAGUAGGCCCUUUACAUUUAUUUUUUCCAAAUAGAAGUCAUACUUGCAAUCUGUGUACAGUGCUGUUACAAAUUAUGGCUGCCUUUGGGAUUCGCAAAAUUAAUCUACCCUCCUUAUGGCAGUAGACAAGAGCCCACCAAAGUCCUCAUUUUAAAACAGCAGUUUGCACCACCGUUUCCCCUUUCAUAGAUUUGGCAUGCAGUAGAACACUCGUGUCCAAAAAACAUCAUGCAAAAUUUUUGAUUUUGCACGAUCAGGUUCAUACAGUAUAAUUGAACUCUGAAUUAUAUGAUAUCUAAAUGAGUGUAGCAUAGUGCUAUUUUCCUAUUGCCAAAAAAAAACAAAACUUCAGCAUUCAUUCUUUUCCUGCUUUGUGUGUCAACUUUCACGGUUGCUAAGCAACAGAGCUUACGGCGGUAAAUCCCGCUGAAGGGUAGACCUGUUUGAAUUCACAGCAAAAACUCUUCCGGUCUCCUAUUUUCAAGGACUCCGAAGGAUCCAGUCUUGGUAGACCGCGUCCUUGGAGGAUGCAGCCCAGGUUUUCGAACAGAGCCAGGGACUUUACAAACAUAUUUCUACCUUUUAAACUGCUCCACAUUUGAUCACAUUUUAUGCCAAAAAUGUCGCUGUAUUUAAUUUGGAGUUUCUGUGAUAGUCCAACACAAGGUAGUGCCUUUUGUGGAAAAAAAAAAAGUGCAAGGUUUUCAAAUAUUAUUAAGUUUAAAAACUCAAAAGUUUACAUUAUAUUAAAGUUUGUUUGCAUUUUGAGAAAUUUGAAACUAUUAAAGAGGUGUGAAUACUUCUGUUAGGCUUGUUUAGCUCUUUUUAAUGUAAAUCCCUUUAUUGUCCCACAAUGGGGAAAUACACUCUCUGCAUUUGACCCAUCCCAUCAGGAAUCGGUGAGCUGCCAUAGUGUGGCACCCGGGGAGCAGUGUGGGGUUAAGGUUUUUUGCUCAGGAAUCCAAGUGGCAGUCUGUGGGGAUCAAACUAGGUGAUUGCAACCCUCACAGAACAUAAGUGCACUGCUCUAACCCACUCUAACACUCCUAUCUAGUUUUUGCUACUGUCAUGUAAUUAUAUUCUGUACAGGCUUAUAUAUGUUCUUUCCCAAAAGAAUAUCACCCUGCAAACCCUCAGCAGGAAGAGGAAAAUACUGAAAAGGAAAAAAAUAGUUUUUUUAUCCUUCUCUGUGGCUUCAGGGCAGUAUCCAUAAAUGAACACUAACGAAAGAUUUAUUUUCCUUGUUUGCUGAAGCAAAAUUAUUACACAAGAUAAUAUCUUACUUUAAUAACCAAAGGCAAAAAAUAAAUAAAUCAGGUAUAACUACUAAGAUCAGCCUGAUGAUUUUAUACUAAGGCAAUUACUGCACAUGUAUUGACUCCCAAGAAGCCAAUAAAUAAUUACUAAUAUAUAGAAAGAAUAGUUACUUAUUUACAAGGUUGCAUAAAAUUUUACAAAAGAAUUGUUUAAAAAGAAGUGGAGACUGUCUUAAAAAAAUCAUUAAAGGGCAAACUUUUGUGUGAAACUAAAAAAUGUUAGCACCUUAACAAAGUCCUAAAGGUUCAUUCAUGUCUACCCUUUUUUAACAAACCUAGCACAAAGUAAAAAUAAAAUAAAAAAAAUAAAAUGUAGAUUCAUAAAGUACUUAUCAGUGCAGGACUAUUAGUUGCAAUUAAAGCAAACAAAAGCAAAACAUAUCUAACAAUAAUGAAAUACAUUUUCUUGGUGGCAGAAAGGAUCAUUUUGUGGAAAUAUUCAACAUCACAAGAACCUCACAUUUACCUCACAAUAAGAUAGUGAGUAUGAGUGUAAAUGAAUUUGACAUUUUAAGCUUCUUCUAGGUGGAUUUCAUAUAUAGACCUCUUAAUUAUCUUUUGUCAACAAGAAUGAAA